AGCAGAGGCGGAGGGGGGAACGGGUGUGACCUGUGGGCAGCUGGGACCGGAGCCAUGCACCACCGCACAGAGGGACAGUCGCGAUGGCGGUGUCGAAGCCUGUCGCUGUCGCCGCUGUCGCCGCUUCUGCCGCGGUCGCUGCCGCUGAUGCUGCCGCUGCUGCUACUGAUGCUGGUGUUGCUGGUGGUGGUGAUGCCGGUGGCGCUGCCGGCAGCGCAGGCCGCUGCUGUUCCCAACAUCCAGACGGAAGGAACCACGGCACCAGGUCUGUGGCUGCGCUCGCCGGACAUCACGCCGCCGGCGGCCGCCAGCUCCACCGACUUCAGAACGGAGCGCUACCACAUCUCCGAGCUGUUCGAGCAGCUGUAACCCGGCACACGUCACGUGACCGCUACCACAUCUCCGAGCUGUUCGAGCAGCUGUAACCCAGCACACGUCACGUGACCGCUACCACAUCUCCGAGCUGUUCGAGCAGCUGUAACCCAGCACACGUCACGUGACCGCUACCACAUCUCCGAGCUGUUCGAGCAGCUGUAACCCAGCACACGUCACGUGACCGCUACCACAUCUCCGAGCUGUUCGAGCAGCUGUAACCCGGCACACGUCAUGUGACACACGCGCCGGUGGCGGCACAGGUCGCAUGACCCCGAGCUGUGGAGCUCUAACGGAGCGCAUGUCACAUGACUGAAGCUCCCUUGACGGUACGGGUCACGUGACCUCGAGCUGUUUGGUGAGCAGCUGCAGUGCGCUUGGUGGAAAAUCAUGCGACCUCGAAUUGAUCACGUGAUCUUGUGGUGAAUCUUCACCACCACCUUACUUGUUGAGCUCCAACGUGUGUUGCUGUUGCAGUGGGUAUCUGUCACGUGACUUACCACACGGCUGUUUGUCAGUGCCAUGUGAUCACCGUGCUUUGACCUAUGGCGGGCCACGUGAUGGUCACUUGGGUGGCGAUGCUACAGAGUCGGUCGAAGCACGUGAUAUCAGGGAUAGCGGUGGUGCCAAGACGAGAGUCUGUGACGUGUCUUCUCAGUGUAUAGUUUGAGGACAGGUCUCAGACACUGCUGACAUGAUUGCAGACAUGUGUGUUUGGUGAUGACUCGCCGAAAUAGUGACAUAUUCCGUAAAAAAAUCACUGGGCUGAUCACUGAACUAGAACACAUUUGAAGAAAUCACUAAAAAUACUUGGAGAUUUGCGACAUUUAGGACGUAAUAUGCACAAAGUCUACAUGGUGAGAGAAAAGUGGUCGGACUGGCAAAGCAAGUUAUUUUCUUUGUCGGUAUUGCAUCCUGUGGUUUGAUGAAAAUUAGUAGAGUUACGAACGAUGGUGCGUUGACGUGUAUUGACAUAUUGUGACGUUGGUUUAUGAAUUGUAAAAAGGUAUUUGAAAUAUUGUAUUUAAGCGUAGCGGUUGUGUGCAUCCUUUCCUCUCUGUUUUUAACACGGGAUUUCGUCACACCAUUAGGUAUAUGAAAUACGCGCGCAAUGUAAAUAGGUGUAAAUACGAUUAUUUAUAUUAGUUAAUUAUUUAAGUACCGUUUGUGUGCUAUCGUAUAUCUCGGCAGCUACUGGUGUCAAUGUAUUAUCGGCGGGACUGUUUGAGAGAGUUGUCAGUGUCGGUAAAUAAAUAAGCCGUGGUUCAA